CUUGAGCACUUCUGUCCCCACACAUCGGACAGAAAUACAAAUUUAAAACAAAAUUUAAAAAAAUAUGAAGCUCUUUUAUCAGCUUAUUGUAUUAAUCUUAAUGAUUAAUCUCUGCCAUUGUCUUGAUCUCGAAAAAGCCCUUGCUUGUGAAAAGAAGUUCUAUAUAACAGAUGGUGAAACAUCCGCCAUUCCAAGAAAUGCCACAAUUGACGAUAUAUCCACGAAGCUAAGAUGUUAUCUUAAGUGUAUAUAUGAGGAAUAUUUCGGUAGUGAUGGCAAAGUCGAUCCAAAACUGGUAAAUGAAGAGCGACUAAGACCCAAGGUUUUGCUUUGCAAGGAGAAAUACGACAACACGGAAGAAAAAACUGGAUGUGAUUAUGCAGCUCAAAUAAUAAUAUCAAUUUUUGCCGUUACAUCGAUGAAAAACUUAUCGAAAGUUGUAGAACCAAACUUAAUGUAUCUAUAG